GCAGCAUGCUAAACCGAGUGCGCUCGGCCGUGGCGCACCUGGUGAGCCCCGGGGGCGCGCCGCAUGCGCGCCCCAAGUCGCCGGACCUACCGGCGGAGACCGCAGCUCCGCCCGCCGCCGUUGCAGAAGCACCGAGGAGCCCUUCGGCGAGGACUACGAGCGGGAGUGGGGCGCCCGCCAAGACUGGAGAGACUCGAGCGAGCUUCUCCAGACCGACCUUCCUGCAGCUGAGCCCAGGGGGGCUGCGCCGUGCAGACGACCACGCGGGCCGGGCUGUGCAGAGCCCGCCGGACACGGGCCGCCGCCUGCCCUGGAGCACGGGCUAUGCCGAGGUCAUCAACGCUGGCAAGAGCCGGCACAAUGAGGACCAGGCUUGCUGCGAAGUGGUAUAUGUGGAGGGCCGGAGGAGCCUUGCGGGGGUCCCCAAGGAGCCUAGGAGGGGACAGGGACUCUGCUUCUACUACUGGGGCCUCUUUGAUGGGCAUGCAGGGGGUGGAGCUGCUGAAAUGGCCUCCCGGCUCCUGCACCGCCAUGUCCGGGAGCAGCUAAAGGACCUGGUGGAGAUACUUCAGGACCCCUCGCCACCUCCCCUCUGCCUCUCGUCCACCCCGGGGACCCCGGCUUCCUGCGACCCCGCUCAGCUGGUUGCUCCCCAGUCCUGCUGCUCUCCGCAGAAGGAAGUGACGCACGAGAGUCUGGUCGUGGGGGCCAUUGAGAAUGCCUUCCAGCUCAUGGAUGAGCAGAUGGCCCGGGAGCGGCACGGCCACCAGGUGGAGGGAGGCUGCUGCGCGCUGGUUGCUGUCUACCUGCUAGGCAAGGUGUACGUGGCCAAUGCUGGCGACAGCAGGGCUAUCAUUGUCCGGAAUGGUGAAAUCCUUCCGAUGUCCCGGGAGUUCACCCCGGAGACGGAGCGCCGGCGACUUCAGCUGCUGGGCUUCCUGAAGCCGGAGCUGCUGGGCAGUGAAUUCACCCACCUCGAGUUCCCCCGCAGAGUGCAGCCCAAGGAGCUGGGGCAGAGGAUGCUGUACCGGGACCAGAACAUGACCGGCUGGGCCUACAAAAAGAUUGAGCUGGAAGAUCUCAGGUUCCCUUUGGUCUGUGGGGAGGGCAAAAAGGCUCGGGUGAUGGCCACCAUUGGGGUGACCCGCGGCUUGGGAGACCACAACCUGAAGGUGUGCAGUUCCACCCUGCCCAUCAAGCCCUUCCUCUCUUGCUUCCCAGAGGUGCAAGUGUAUGACCUGACACAGUAUGAACACUGCCCGGAUGAUGUGCUCAUCCUGGGAACAGAUGGCCUGUGGGACGUCACCAAUGACCGGGAGGUUGCUGCCACUGUCGACAAGGUGCUGUCGGCCUAUGAGCCCAAUGACCCCAGCAGGUACACAGCUCUGGCGCAAGCUCUGGUCCUGGGGGCCCGAGGCACCCCCCGGGACCGUGGCUGGCGUCUCCCCAACAACAAGCUGGGUUCUGGGGAUGACAUCUCGGUCUUCGUCAUCCCCCUAGGAGGGCCAGGCAGUUACUCCUGAGGGGCUCAGCCUCACCCGUCCCACCACCAUCCCAGCCUCUGCAGAUAUACCCCUCUCCCAGCCCAAAUCCAGCAGUUGUCACUCUGACCCAAGGGCGGUCUGCUGGAUCCAGAAUUACAGCUGUUGGGAAAUAAACCAGAUGGAUAAUGA